AUGUCUUCAUCAACGCGGCCGGCUCAGGUCGAGGCCGAGGACUCAAAGCAACCUAUCAAGCAGCCUCUCGGCUCUAAGCAAACGUCCAUUAUGGCAUCAGAGGAAGCUGCUGUUUCUGAGGAGAAAGCUCCCGAAGAGGCGCCAAAGCCUGUAGUGGAAUAUCCCAAUGGCCUCGAGGUCCUUUUCAUCAUCCUUGCGCUCAUCCUCAGCAUCACGCUCUGUUCGAUCGACCAGGCCCUGAUUCUAGCAUCCCAGACCAUCGUCGCAACUGCCAUUCCCAGAAUCACCGACCAGUUCCAUAGCCUCGAAGACAUCUCUUGGUACGGCUCGGCCUACUUCAUGACCCUCGGCGCGUUCCAGUCCACCUGGGGCAAGGUCUUUAAGUACUUCCCCCUCAAGACCAGCUUCCUCGUCGCCAUCUUCGUCUUUGAGAUUGGUAGCCUCAUCGCCGCCGUCGCCCAGAACUCGACGACCCUGAUUGUCGGCCGCGCCAUCUCGGGCAUCGGCGCGUCGGGCAUUGCGCCGGGUGUCUACACCAUCUCGGCUUUUUCGGCGCCGCCCGACAAGAGAGCCACUUACACGGGUGUCAUUGGUGUCUCGUACGGCGUGGCCGCUGUCUGCGGACCGCUUAUUGGUGGUGCAGUUACAAAGGCAGCAACCUGGAGAUGGUGCUUCUACAUUAACCUUCCUAUCGGUGCAGUCGCCGCUGCUGUCAUUAUACUCACCUUCAAGACCCCGAAAACCGCCAUUGUCCACGAGGCCACCCUCAAGGAAAAGCUUCUGCACAUGGACCCGAUCGCGACGGUCCUCAUCAUGGCGGCGCUGGCCUGUAUCAUCCUACCUCUCCAGUACGCCGGUGUAAGCAACGCGUGGAACUCCAGCGUCGUAAUCGGACUCAUCGUCAGCUUCGUCGCCAUCUGCGCCGCGCUCACUGCCGUCGAAAUCUUGCAGGGCGAACGCGCCAUGCUGACGCCGCGCAUCAUGGCCAAGCGCACCGUCUGGGCCAGCGGCCUAUGGGGCUUCUUUUUUGCCGGCGCGUACUUUGCCACCCUCUACUAUCUGCCCAUAUACUUUCAGAGCAUCGACAACGUCAGCCCGAUUGCCUCUGGUGUGCGCAGCAUCCCCCUCAUCAUCAUGUUCAGCGUGGCCACGUUUGGAUCGGGCAAGGCCAUCACGAUGACGGGCGCACGCGACACCCUACAUGCUGGCCGGGUCGAUAUUGGCACAUCGACGGGUAAAUGGGUUGGCUACCAGAUCCUCGCGGGCUUUGGCUACGGCCUCGCCUUGCAGGUACCGGUCGUCGUCGCCCAGGCUUUUGCGGAGCCUACAGACAUUGCUCCCACGACUGCCAUUAUUAUCUUUUAUCGAUCCAUGGGCGCAACACUUAUGCUCGCUGCUGGGCAAUCCGCCUUUGUCAACCAGGUCGUGGUCAAACUUCGCAGCACGGCGCCAAACGUCGAUCCCGGCCGUGUCACGGGCACUGGUGCCACCGAACUGCAUCAAAUAUUCAGUGGUGCCGAUGUAGAUGGCGUUGUACGUGCGUACUCAUGGGGUAUCCAGGUUGUUUUCUUAAUCACGCUUGCUUCCUGCAUCCUCACCAUCCCGUUCGCCCUGUGCAAUAAGUGGACCAACGUUAACGCGAAGAAGGCCGCGCCUAGCAAGGCUUAA